UCCACGUUACGGUUUACGCAGAGCUGAAAAUCCACGUUCGUCGCCGGAGGAGAGUGGAGUCUCACCAUGUCCACGGCUUCCAAAGUGGUCCUGGGUGUAUCGGUUGGUCUCACCAUAGCAACUGUGUUUGGCGUGCAUGUCAAGCAGAAUUGGGAGAGAGCGAGACUUCGAGAGGGAGUCGUCCGAGACUUGGAGAGACUGGAGCGAAAGAAAGCAAACCUGCGGCAGCUGGAGGAGCAGAUCAUCCUUACCAAACGGCUGGAGACAGAGCGUGAUCGAGGUGCAGCUGCAUCGCAAGGACCCUAGAUGUGGAUGCCUGAGAAUGCUGGAGGGGGGCUGGGUGUUCUGUUCGGGAGCGUGACUGCAUAAACGUACUGAAUGGAUUUUAGCCACAAACUGUUUCAUACAAAGUGGAUUAUGCUCCACGAGAUGAGCAGGUUUCCGUACUUCGUAUUGUAUGUUUUUAUGCUGGAGGAUAUUGUAGAGUAUCUUGUCUUUCAUGGUGUUUUGUCGUUGAGCUGCACGUGAGACCAGAUGGCGAUUUUCACUUUGGCCUCCAGGGGGCGCAAGGGACAUGAAUGUGACGCGAAAGCAAAGAAGGGUUCAGCUGCAGAGGCCUGUAGAGUGGAGAUCUACCGGAAAUGCGUCACUCCACGGGAAACACGUGAUCUCAACUCUGUUACUGUGAAUAAACCCUAGCCUUAACCCUAACUGGAGCUCCACUUUCCGUCCUUAAAGAUCACGUGUGUCCUGUGGAGGUGACGUACUUCUGGUGUAGCUCCAGUCUACAGACGUCUGUAGCUAGACCCUCUUGCAAAAGCAGGCCCGCGAAAGCCACCAUUAGUCUAUGAGGAUGUACACCCAUUUUCAGUGUGAAUAAUGAACUAAUUCCAUCACGUUGUUCCUCACAGGAACCCUGAUGUGGACAAUAGCACACAGUCUGUUUGUGCUUUUCUUCUGACAUGCUGUUGAUGUUCAUUUAAAUUAUACAGUUCAAUUAAAGUUUAACCACUGUCAAUCAUUAUGAUAAA